AUGAGCCGGUUCCCUGGUCCUGGCAUUUGGCCAAAGUGCUCAGCUACGUGCCCUUGAAAUGGCCGCCUAGCUCUUCACUUUCGCAUGCCACCCCCUCCCCCCUCUUCUCUCCAAAGGACACAUACAACCUUUUCUCCUGCUCUGUCUCCUCCUCCACAGGACACACCCAUCCCGAUCGAUCCCCAGUUCACCUCAACAUACUCGCGUCACAUUGCCCCAGGACGGUCUCUCUGCGUGGUCGUUUCCUGCUGUUGCUGCGCUGCUCAGCCUUUCAGCCAUGCGUGCCUCUCUGUGGAGGUUGGGCCUCCUUGUCCUGGCCGUGGCGACGGCGGCCGUCGUCGACGCCUACCGCGGCGGCGGCGACCACAAUUUCCACCGGGACUUCGAUGUCGUGUGGGGGGACGGCAAUGCGCGGUUCCGCGACGACGGCCGGCUCGUGGAGCUGUCGCUGGACGAGCGGACGGGCGCGCGGCUGCAGUCCAAGGACCGGUUCCUGUUCGGGAGGUUCGAUCUCGAGAUCAAGCUCGUCGCCGGCGAGUCCGCGGGGACCAUCACCUCGUUCUAUAUCUGCACGGGAGGCGCUCGGCACGACGAGGUGGACUUCGAGUUCCUGGGCAACGUGAGCGGCGAGCCGUACAUCCUGCACACCAACAUCUUCAGCGACGGCAAGGGCGAGCGGGAGCAGCAGUUCGUGCUCUGGUUCGACCCCACGGAGGACUUCCACACCUACUCCAUCCUCUGGAACCCACUCAACAUCAUCCUGUACAUCGACGGGACGCCGAUCCGUGUGUUCAAGAACAACGCGGCGUACGGCGUGCCGUUCCCGACGCGGCAGCCGGUGCACGUGUUCGCCAGCAUCUGGGACGCCGAGGAGUGGGCGACGCAGGGCGGGCGCGUCAAGACGGACUGGUCGCGGGCGCCGUUCGUCGCCACGUACCGCCGCUACAACGUCACCAACGCCUGCGUCUGGGGCGGCGCGCGCGGGUGCCCGGAGAGCCGGCGGUCGUGGAUGGGGCAGAGGAUGGACUGGUGGAGCUGGAUGACGCUCAGCUGGGUGCGCAUGAACUACAUGGUCUACGACUACUGCGCCGACCGCAAGCGCUUCCCGCACGGCUUCCCGGCCGAGUGCAUCAUCCCCAUCGGGAGGACGUGACGGCCAUUCGUCCGUUCCUGUGCAGAGAGUCCCAGAAUGUUCUGAUUUUGCCUUGCGAUCGUGUAAUAAUCGUAUUUCGUUUGCUCCUCUAGCUCGUGGGCUGAGUAGGGAUAAUGAGCAGUAUAGACUCGUUGCAGGUAUUAGGUUGGUUACAAGAGCUGUAAAGGAACUUCUGCUUUGACUUUUGAAGAGAUUCAGAUGCAUGGAUCAAAUUUCAAAAAAGGGUGCAAAUUGGACACUGGCGAACGCCCGGAUGGGGAGUACUGGGCUGUAAGGAACUACCUAUUAACGUGGGCCAAAUAUACUGGGUUCUUGGUGUGGUACGACUCUCAUUCCGUCAUUCGGGCUGGACUGUAAGGUUUAAAAAACGGCUAGGUUUAUCAUGGCGGGCUGGUCCAGAUUUUUGUUGCGGUGUUAUGGCUUGGCUCCUGUACUUGUACAUGGUUACAGAAAAAGAAAUGUAGUCGAUUUCCACUGGGAGACGGGCACC